AGUAAAAAUUGCAGCUGCAAAUUUCACUUGAAACAGUGAUGCAGUGAAAAUGGACGGAUGAAGAAGUCAUUUUCAUGCUGUGAUGAUUUCAAGGUUUUUUCCCCUUCAAGAUUGAAAAAAUCACUUAAAAACUAGUGAUAGGUGACAUGAUCUUGAAUUAAUUAUUGCACAUAUAACAGUAAUAAGAGACAAGUUGUAUAAGAAAAUAAGAAAGAGGAAACAUUUCAUGACAGAGAAGACAGAAUCUUAAAAUAAUGAAAAUGGAAGAGUAGGCCAGAAAACAAUACUAAUAGUAUAUUUACACACCACACUGAAAACAAUAUCUUUAUAUUAUGCAUAAGAGCCCUCCAUAUGUAACAAUGAAAAGAUUGAAAAUGAACAAAUUGUAUGUUACCUUUUCUUUUGUCAGCUAUAAUUAGUCUGAUAUGCCCUUUGACAUGAUCUCCCCUCUCUGGAUAUAAAUAUGUGUUGUGUGCAUAUCAGCUCAGCAGUAAGCAUAAGCUAGAAAACACUCUCAGAUCAUCCCCGAGAACCGCGAGAAAGAUCAUUACAGAUAGAAUGGCUAGGAAGAGAAAGGGUAGUGAAGGUUUGGAUGAAGGGAAUGUUGCAGCAUGGGAGGAGGCAGCGUUGGGGGGCGGUAGGAGGGCACGGAAGAGAUUCGUGGGGGUGAGACAAAGGCCAUCAGGGAGAUGGGUGGCUGAGAUUAAGGAUACCAUUCAGAAGAUAAGGGUGUGGUUAGGGACCUUUGACACAGCUGAGGAGGCUGCAAGGGCUUAUGAUGAGGCGGCCUGCUUGCUGCGAGGAGCCAACACGCGAACCAAUUUCUGGCCUUGCUCCUCAUCAUCUUCUUCAGCCCCAGCUCUGCCAUCAAAGAUCACAAACCUGCUUCUCACCAGGCUGAAAGCGAGAAACAAUUCGUUAGCUGGGAAUGGUGCUCCCUCUUCUGCUCCUGCCUGUUUUCAGCAGGUGAAUCAAGUGCAGGAUGAUGAGUGCAGAGAUGAGGCAGCUGAGUUUUCUGAAUCACACUUCACUGAUUAUCUCAAUGAUCCUGAUGAUUGCACUGCUGAAAGCUCCAUGAUUAUCCCAGAAAUCAGCCUCGAAUCGUGCAAUUUAACAGAGACUGUUAACAGUUGUGGAGCCACAGAACAAGGCUGUAACUAUGAGAGUCAAAAUUGUGCAGUUCAAGUUCAUGAUGAAGCAGAGGAAGAGGAGGAGAUCGAGGAAGAAGAAAACAGUGAUGAUCUUAGCGUUGUAGACUUUCAGUUCGUCGAUGAAAUCGGAUCGUGCUACUUUUCGCCAUUUGAGAUGGCGGAGGAGAUUUCAGAAUCAAUGGAGCAUCAGCAGGCAGUCUACGGGGAAGGGGAAGGGGAAGAGCUAUCUAUGAUUAGCGAGACGAUGAAGAGGAUGAACUAUGAGAGAAAAUUCUCAGCUUCUCUCUACGCCUUCAAUGGCAUCACGGAAUGCUUAAAGCUGAAGCUCAAAUCCGGGCGUGAAAGGUCCGAUCAACUCUCCAGGCUCAGAAACGCAUGCAAAAUGAGCAGAGAAAAGGAGGAGAUGAAGAAGGAUGAAGAAAAGGAAGAGAUUGUUGUUGAGAAGAAGGAAGAAGAAACAGGAGAUAAUGCUUCUUCUUCUCCUUCUUCUUCUUCUUCGUCUUCAACCGCUUUCGACAACGAAUCCUCCAUGUGGAGCUCCAUUGAUCUUCCACCAAUAUGCUUUGUUACUUAAACUGCGAAUCCUAUCAUUUUUAGUUAUCUUCGGUGCUUUUAACUAUAGGUACUAAGUUUCCAUUGUGUUUACGCAGAGAAGGGUUUCGUCCUCCAUUAAUGGAGUCGCAUGUAUGUUACCUUCCUCACAUGUGUUUGACUGUAGCAUUUGUUUUUGCUUCUGCAAUCCUGAUUUGAAUUUGAUCUCCAUGCUUCAAUCUAAUGAAAUUAUGUUGGAAUUUCUUGUCUUC